AUGAAAUACGCCAAAAUAUCAAAUUAAGUCAGAUAAGCUUUCAUAAGAAGAGUAUCUGAAAAAAAAUGUACAAUAAGGUAAGCAGCAAAGCAAUUCAAUAUUAAAUUUUCAACAGCUAAAGCAAUUUUAUCAAUUUAUAGACACGAGGGUAGGAUAGGGAAAAAAUAAAAUAGAUAAAGAAAACUUUCAAAUAAUACCAUUUCUGAAAGGGAAACAUAAAAAUCAUUAAAGGAAGAACAUUAAGAAUCAAAAGAUUAGUUUAAAUUAAACUCAGCUCCCUAGAAUAGUCUUAAUGACUGGCAAACUAUACAACCACUACAUUAAUAUAAUUAUGACUGGACUUACUUGUAAAAUUUUUGGAUGAUGAGUUAUAUGAAUCAACAAUUACAAUACCGAAAUUUUUAAACAUUUAUGAGGUAUUGA